CUUUGGUUCAUCAUAAGAUGAAAUAUACAAGUGUCUCUUCCUGGUGUCUAUUUUCUUCUCCACCCACCUAGGGGACAUGGUGGGAACAGAGAGCCACAAAGAGUCUAGCACGUACUUGUUAAAAUGGAAACCUAUAGUAUGUGCUGCCAAGUACAGCAGCAGAAGAAAAGACAGCCGUUCAGGGCACCACCAGCUGGCUAGGCAAAUGAUGUUGAAACCCGAGAAGCUAAUGGCUUUCAGGAGUGUAACUGGUUCCAUCGAAGGAGAAUUUUACCAGCAGGCUUUGCUGAGACACCGAUCACACCUGCCAGUGACUGGCUAUCAGUUUAGCUGGACAGAAAUCUCUAGCAUCAGUCAAAAAGCUGCUGUCCCUGAUUGUCGUGCCUCCCAGAGACUACUACUUCCUCCUGUAAGGGAGCAACCAUUCAUAAUAAUCAAUGAGCUUAAACCCUCAACCACUUACCAGACUGACGUUUAA